AUGGUCACACUCAAGCGUAUCUCUACGGCCGCGAUAGUCCUUGGCCAGUCGCUCUCCGCUUUGGCUCAAAGCUCAAGUCCAAUCGAGAUUGAUGGAACCUCAUUUGCCCUCAAUGGAGAAAAUGUCUCGUAUCGCUUCCACGUGGACAACACCACAGGUGAUCUAAUCAACGACCACUAUGGUGGCCCCGUCGCGGGAGAUACCAUAACGGCAGACGUCGGCCCCGUCCAAGGUUGGGUCAAUCUCAUCGGUCGAGUCCGACGCGAGUUUCCAGACCAUGGACGAGGAGACUUCAGACUACCAGCUUUCCAGAUCCAACAAGCCAGUGGCACUACAGUCACCGAUUUUCGCUACAAGUCGUACGACCUCGUGCAGGGAAAACCUGCAUUGCCUGGUCUCCCAGCCACGUUUGGUGAUUCUGAGGAUGUCUCAAGUCUUAUUGUGCACAUGUAUGACAACUACAGCUCCAUCGCUGUGGACUUGACCUAUUCUAUCUUCCCAAAAUAUGACGCUAUCGUGCGAAGCGUAAAUAUCACCAACAAAGGAAACACAACUAUUACUCUCAAAAAGGUUGCCAGUUGGAGUGUUGACUUCCGACAAGAAGACCUAGAUCUUAUUGAGAUUAGAGGUGAUUGGUCCCGUGAGGGCAUGCGAGUGCGUCGCAAGGUUGACUAUGGCACACAAGGCUUCCAAAGUUCAACCGGGUACUCUUCUCAUCUUCACAACCCUUUUCUCGCGCUUGUUUCCCCAGACACUACUGAAUCGCAAGGCGAAGCUUGGGGUUUCUCUCUGGUCUACACCGGUUCAUUUGCAGUAGACGUCGAAAAGAGCUCUCAGGGUCUCACUCGUGCUCUUCUCGGUAUCAACCCCAUUGAUUUCUCAUGGCCUCUCAAACCUGGUCAAACCUUUACCACACCCGAAGUUGUGUCUGUCUUCUCGAGCAAGGGUGUCGGUGGCAUGUCGAGACAGUUCCACCGGCUUUACAGAAAGCACUUGAUGAAGAGCAAGUACGCUGAAGAGACUAGACCUGCUCUCCUAAACAGCUGGGAGGGCUUGGCAUUUGACAUCAACGAGACAUCUAUCUACAAGAUCGCGAAACAAUCUGCAGAUCUUGGUAUCAAACUCUUUGUCAUGGAUGACGGCUGGUUUGGUAACAAGUACGCUCGAACGAUUGAUAGGCUCGGUCUUGGUGAUUGGCAACCUGACAAGUCUCGCUUCCCCGAAGGUCUCACUCCUCUUGUUGAAGACGUGACCCAGCUUAAAGUGGCCAAUUCUUCCGAAACGCUCAAGUUUGGUAUCUGGUUCGAGCCAGAGAUGGUCAAUCCAGAGUCAGACCUGUACAACGAACAUCCUGACUGGGCUAUCCACUCGGGAUCUUAUCCCCGAACUGAAACUCGUUGGCAACUUGUUCUCAACCUCGCUUUGCCAGAGGUCCAAGAGUUUGUUAUCGACUCUGUUUCCAAGAUCCUUAGCGAGUCACCAAUUUCAUAUGUCAAGUGGGAUAACAACCGUGGCAUUCACGAGACUCCUGAUCAGACACUCAACUAUAAGUACAUGUUGGGCUUGUACCACGUUUUUGAAGUUCUUACCAGUCGUUUCCCUGAUGUUCUUUGGGAAGGUUGCGCAUCAGGAGGUGGUCGGUUCGACCCAGGCGUUCUUCAAUGGUUCCCCCAAAUUUGGACAUCUGACGAUACGGAUGCAGUCGAGCGCAUCGCAAUCCAGUUUGGUACUUCUCUCGCUUAUCCCCCUUCUGCAAUGGGCGCUCAUCUCUCUCAUGUCCCCAACCAAGUCACUGGGCGUACAACAUCCGUCAAGUUCAGAGCCCACGUUGCCAUGAUGGGUGGAUCAUUCGGUGUCGAGCUUGAUCCUAGUGAUCUGGAAGCUGAAGAGAGAGAUCAAAUUCCGGGUCUCAUCCAGCUAUCUGAAAAGAUUAACCCCAUCGUCAUUACAGGUGAUUUCUACCGACUGGCCCUUCCUGAGGAUACCAAGUAUCCAGCUGGACAGUUCAUUUCUGAGGACGGCAAGAAAGUUGUAUUGUUUGCUUUCCAAACUCGUGCUACUAUCAACUUUUCCUGGCCUUGGUUCCGUCUGCAGGGUUUGGAUGCAGAUGCCAAGUAUGUAUUAGAUGGCAACCAGACUGUUUCUGGUUCAACGCUUAUGAACCUUGGCGUUCAGCUGCGGUUUGAGAGAGAUUUUGACAGCCAGGUUUUGAUAUUUAAGAAGCAGUGA